UUCUGUCUAACUGUACUACCGUUUGGUCUUGUUCCGCUCCUCAUCAUGUCCAGCAAAUACCUGCUGCUGAUAGCCUGCGUGGUUGCCAUGACAACGCUGAUAACGGCGGGCGGUCACGGCGGCCACAAGAAGGUCAUCAUUCACGUACCCUUGUUCGUGAAGCACCACCACCACAAACAUACGAUUGUCAAGCACAUCCACCACAAGAGCGGGGGAGGCGGCGACGAUCAUUAUGAAGUCCUUGGGUACACUUACGGCCAGCCUAAGGCGGCACCACAUUUCGGCGGAGGUCACGGGUGGCACGCAGCCGAAGAAAGUCACAGUCACGACAGUCCAGUGAGCUUCGAAGGUGGUGACCACGGAGGGUACGCCCUGACCUCCGGAGAUGAGUACAGUGAACACGGAUAUUAAGGCGCCAAAGAAUACCAGUUCCAAUAGCAUGGAACCUCACCAGAUACCUCAAACUAUCCAUUGACAAAUAUUACCAAAUAUCCUACUAUCAAUGCCCGGUUUAUAUCAGAAUGGACUGCUCCAAUGCCUAACUUAUAUCGAAGACCAGUCUUCUCCUAAAUUCUCUUCUGAAUCGUAAUGAAUCGGACGGAAUACAAUUGAUCAAUUGGUAUUAAUUACUGCAUUUAUCCCAAUUGAACUGUGCAUUUACAAUGAAUAAAUAGGGACGUCGAUAGAUUUAUAGAAAUGCCAUUGAAAUAGCGAGCAUCGCUCAAAAUAUGAGUUUGAAUCUCUCUGAAUUCAAUUGUACAUGGUCCAGUAUAUCCGAAUGAAUUCCACUAAAUUCAAGUGGACAUGGCUGAUUUAAAUUCGGAUAAUUCAUACCAUUACACACAUCGUCAAGUGCUCAACGGCCUCCGCGGCCGUUCCUCGCGUUUACAUGUGAAAAGUCACAGGACUUUUCCAUAAUUACUUUUAGAACGCAUCACUUUAAAAGCACUUGACGCACCGAUGCAGUUGUCACCAGUGACCAGUGAAAUAAUGGACACUUUAAGAUUUAUUAAAUAGUUCUGAAUGUUCUAUAUUCAUUAUAAACAAUUUCGAUUUUGUUGUUACCGUGGUUAAGUGUUAGAUGUCUUUAUCAUCCCUAUUGACUGAUUUUAUAAUUGUAUCUUAUUUCAAGGCUUAACAAAGAUAUCGAAAUUUUUCAAUCCCCUUUUGUGACUGAUUUUAAUUUGUAUCAAUCUCAAAUAUAUUGUAGAAUGAUCAGUUGUUAAAUUCAAUGAUACCUACCUUUGUAAACCUAUACAAUUUACUUGAUUUGGAUUUUUGAAUAAUAUUAUAGUGUCAUGAUAUUUUAAGACAAGCUAAUAUUUCCGCCAUUAUGAAAGGGUUUAUAGACCUCGGCUUGGGUGAAGCGUCCCAUAAAAUAUCAUGGCAAAUCAUUGUUGUAAAUCUAAUGUGAUAUAUCUUUUUAAACGAAUUUGUCACUUGUUUUUACUUGUAUAAAUUUCUUGUACUCUUUGUAAAAUUUAUACUUUUAGCAUUUAGAUCUUUAGAUCAAAAGAUAAAUUUAAGAUAGUGAGAUUGAACGGCUUCGUUUCAAAACUUUUUCGAUUGUUUUUGUUAAUUAUUUUAAUAGUGAAAUUGUGUUCAAAUUCGUAAUUAUUUAAUUACUCAAUGUUGUGAUUAAUUUUGAAUACCCUAAACUUAAUUAUCAAAAGCAAUGUUUUUUCUGAUGUAUAACAUGAAACGAGUCCUCAAUACUUCCUAUAUUAUAUGUGUAACCUUGUAUGUCUAUUUACAUAUGGAUGUUAUCUGUGAUUAAAUGUAUUUACAUACCUGUCUGUAUGAAUAACUUGUUAACUUUAAGACUGUUGUGAAAUAGAUAAAAUAUAAAAUAUUUACUUAGAAAAUGUUUCCGUCUAUGUGCUCAAAUUUUGUCCGUCACACAAAACAAUAUUUUUCUGAUAUAAAUUACUGGUUUGCAAAACCCUCCAAAUAUAUUUUUGGCACGUAUAUGCAAGUAUCAAAAUCACACGGACAAUAUUUGAAAUGAAUAAUGAGAAAGUAAAAACAGAAACACAUUAGGUGUUCUUCGUUCAUCUUUGUCCUUUAUAAAAAAAAAUAUGCAAAUUAUAUCAAUGCCUAAAUUAUAAUAUAAUAUAUAUAAAAAAAUAAUAUAAAAAACAAUAAGUCAAAGGAUGUGGCACUAAUUUUUGGAAAACAUUUUCUCUUCUGUUUAUAUCUGACAAUAGUAAUCUCCCAAAUACAAUAUCGCAUUUGUUGUAACCUUUUAAAGACAGGUUUUAAAUAAAAAUAAAUUCUCGACUAAGUUUUGUCAAUCAACAAAAAUCAUUCGUUAUAGAAGAUAAAAGUUUGUAAUCAAAAAGAAUGAUUUUUUUAAUAUUGUAUUUGGGUGCCCCUUUGCUUUAUUGUUUUAUAGUUUUAUAAUAAUUAACAACUGAAAUAUGACUGUUAAAGGAAUUGAUUUUUCUAGUAUUUGGAGCAAUAGGUUUAUUCGUAGAUUUAAUAUAAAUAAAUAUAAAAAUAACCAAUAAAAUAAAUAAAUAAAACUGUAUAUUUUAUUUAUUUAUCUUAGAGAUAUUGUUAUUAAUUAAAUAGAUAUGUGUUUCAAGCUAAUCGCACAAAUAUAUAAUUGUAUACGGAUAUCGUUACCAUAAAAUACAAUGGUACAAAGUGUUUGAGAAAAUUGUUUUCUCGGGAGGUACAAUACAGUGGUACAAUUUGUAUUUUAUGGACGAAUCGCAGCUUUAAGAUAAUUUAAAAUAAAUGUUCUUGAAUGAUAUAUUAUAUUCUAUUAGAAAAAAUAGUCAAAAUAUUUAUCUGUUGAAAAAAUUCUAUUGAUGUUAAUAGAUGUCUCCUUUAACAGAAUUUUAGAAGUAAAUAAUAUCUGUGAGUA